AUGGACGGUUUCAAGCACUACUGUCAAAUUUUUAUUGAAGGCCUUGCUAAGCGUGCCUAUAUAGUACAAAUUAAUUCUCACAGAUUAUGGGACGAAUGCAAAAACAUAAUCAAACAACUUCACAUUUCACUCACAGAGCGUAUCAGUCCAAGUAAACAGUUUGCCGAAAGCGUCAAUAAAGACCAAGUUUUUCAUGCUCAACCCAUGAAUCAAAACCAGGUAUCGUACAUGGAAGACAUUAUCAACUUUAUUGACAGAUUAAGUGUUGACGUUCAACUGGAGAAGAGACUUGAUGAGAUACAGCUUUUUAAAAUGAAUCUUGUGAGAGAUGACAAAGACCCAUUAACUCUAUGCGUAAUAGAUUUUUGGAAAGUUUUUACCAAGACGUUCGCCAACCCUCUAUCAUGCGCACACGCGACUGCGAGAGUUGCCAAAGUGUUGACUAAACAUUAUGCCCUGCUGAGAGAAAUGAAUCAACCACCAUUCGGAAAGAGGCUUCAUUAUAUAAUAAUUUCCGAACAUUUAUCUGGCAUUCACCUAUCAUUACAGACAAUUUAUAAAAAAGUCUUCCAAGAAGACAAAAUCGUACCAAACUUGUGGGACAAUAGCAGUACGGUCGCGUUAAAGAUAAAACAGCUUAAAAAAGACAUAGACAAGAUGGUAUUACGCCUUAGUGCAACUCGGGAAUACAUAAUUGCAAGGAACCCAAACGAGAGCAUUUAUCUCCUUCCUGUUGAGAUUUCCCUGAAAUUGCAAGACGACUUUUCACACUUUAAGCAACUCAUAUUUGACGUUUUAGAUGUUGUUAUUAAGAGACUAGAAAGCAUCAAAGUAAGAUCCUUGGACGUUACAGAUAAAUUGCAAGCCUUUUGGAAAAUGCUUAAUGAUGAACCUUCCUACUAUCAGUUAGUUCACGGGCUAUUCAAACUGCUAUUAUAUCUUAAUGAACAAAGACUUGAAGAUAGUAAAAGUGUCCAACAAUUUAUACCCGAGUAUUUUAUAGAGGACACCCCAUUCGACGGUGUGAAAAAUAUUUUAGAGUGUUUGUUAAAGAUUCAAGGAAGGUUGAUUAAAAGCCUUGAUCUGCUUCAGGAUAAGCACUGCGUACCUAAAUUGGUUGGAGAAAUUGACUCCUGCAAAGUAUAUACAGCUGACACAAGCCGUUCGUUAACCAACGUUGAUAACGAAGAGAAAGCUGAGAGGAUAAACCAAUCAUUCUACUAUCGACGCACGGAAUUAUUUUCUCCGCAAACACAUGAAUUGCCUCAAGAAUGUCUGUCGCUCGAUGAGCAAUUUAUCGAAAUCAUUGACCAUAUAGACGAGUUGCUAAAUGGCCAAAGUGAGGUUUCUUUACAAUCAAGUGACAUAGAGUGUUUGAGUUAUAUUAAACGCGAAUGUGAGAAUGAAUUAUUGAGAGCGCAAUUGAAAGCAGAAUACCUUACUGACCAAUCAAUAUUUCUUAUCACUGCAAUAACCAACAGAGGGCAGUAA